UCAGUACGGUUGUUUGCUAGCGGUAGAGCAGAUGAACACACGGGUUUGUUAUUAACGCCUCAUUCCAGGUCGAGUUCUUCGAAGCGAUGCCUGCUGCAGGGAGACACGCUAUCGAACAGCCGAUCUGAAGAGGAUCACAGACCUCACAUAUCUGAGCAAGCUGUGCCUGACAUCUCCUCGCCAGUGCCCGGGGUGGACACUGUGGCGAGUCGACUUCAGGAAUGUGAGGCCUUAUCUCAAGUAACAGGCUCUCGUCAGGCUGUCUGGGAGGCUGAUCUGAAGUCUGCGAGAGGUGGGAGUUCUGUUGGGCAGACGGGGCUGCUGCUUGGCGACUCCCUCUUUUCCAAAGAGCUGGAGAACAUGGGCAAACAGCUUGCUGAGGUUGAGAAAGACCUGGCCAAGCUGGCAGAAGUAGGAAAGAUGACCAGUCGGAGCACCAACAAUCCACAUGGAAGUCUACUCCACACCCCACUACGGCACCGGACGCUACCAGACACUCUUCCUCUCACCAGCCUCAUCUCUAGGCCUCAGUCUCCAGCCAGUGGCCUUUCAGGCAAGUCCUGUGGUAUCGGCCUCCCCUUGCUGAGCCCCAAGCCCACCUCCCUAUCUAUGUCCAUGUCAAUGGGCCGGACCCCCAGCAACCCUGGCAGCAGAACUCAAACCCCCAGAACACCCAGCAGACCCCUGACCCCAAACAGCUUAUUGACGCGCUCCUCCUUUAACCCCGCCGCUCAUAAAGAAGUAACAUUCCGGAGGUCAAGGAGCCGACCUGUGACGCCCACAAGUCAGCCGCCACUUCCUCGACCACUGCUCACCCCUCCGGGACUAAGUACCACAGACAGCCUUGGUGCCAGCCUUCGGGCGUAUCUCUCUGAGGAUGAGUUUUACCAGCAGCUUCAGGCCAUCAGACAGCCCUGGCAUAUUCCCAGUGACACAGACAGUGACAUCAUGGAGCCUCCUGAACAGGAUAAAAGUAGUUCACGGGAUGCCAACAAAAGAUCCGUGUUUUCAGGCCUAUAGUGAUGAAAACCAGAAGACUUGAUCCAAUCAAACAAUUAUGCAAAACACUGGAUAUUUUGAAUAACAGUUCAAAGAUGAUUAUUUUUGUAAAGCAUAUGAAUGAAUAUAACAAAAAAGAUUGUAUACUUUUUUCACCCUGUUUCAUAAACAUUGUACUGUAACUGAAUGAUCAACUGAGAAAAUCUUACUUGAAACUAAGGGAUAUGCUGUUUAUUUUUGUUUGCAUUGAAGCAUGAUAUUGAACUUGUGUAUAGAGACCAGUAACAAGAAGCAUUUCGUUCCUAACGGACUCCUUUUUUUUAGACCUAGUGCAGAUUUACACUAUCAGGACAGCACACCCAUUUAAUCAAAGUGUUUAUCGACAUGGACUGUUAAAAGAAUUUGUGCUUUUCAGAUGGGGAAAAAAAAACAAGUUGUUGAAGGGAAUACAUGGAAUGCUGUUAAAUUAAUUAAACUGUUUUAGUGCACUUU